CGCAAAGUUACCUAUAGUACAAAAGUAGAUUUCUGUUCGAACCUCGUAACAGGUCGCUAUGAACGCUGGUAAGUGAUUUGUGGCCAUGCUGGACCUAGUGAAACGCGUAGGGCUAUCAGCUACGGGCGGUCUUCCGCAUCCGCACUCGCGGGUACGUCUACGGAAGAAAGAGAAAAAACACAGCAAGUUAGCGGUCGCCGUGAGACCGAGUAGCUUGCUGUGCGUCAGCAGCCCUACGGAUGAUCUCUACGUCAAUGGAGUGCAGAGGCAAAGUUACACGUGGAAGUUCCAUCGGCCGAAAUCUUUAAGUGAUGUUACUGUGGGCGGCGCAUCCACCGUGAGCCAUCAGGGAUCACCGGUGCGGUGCUCGUCUUCGGAGGCCAACAUGGACAGUCCGAAGAAGUCGCCGCAAAACCGGCCCCCGCCCGCAAUCGCCGCCACUGCCGACAACAAGUCCACGGUCAAGGUUCACUUGCCAAAUGGCGGCUUCAACGUAGUUAGAUACGGAGACAAUGUUGAAAUCAAGGGUAUUAUUUUGACAGUCACAGAAAGACUAUCAACAGGAGGGAGAUAUUACAAUGGACUGUAUUCUAUGCGAUUGUCGAGGCCACCGUCAACAGAAGCUCACUGGCUGCAUCAAGACCUGACCAUGCAGCAAGUGCAUGAAAAGUACCUUAAGAAGCACCCAAAUUCCGAAUGGCGGUACGAUCUUAGGAUAAGAUACCUACCUACUAGUCUGAAAGAGCUCUACGAUAAGGACAAAGUCACUUUUCAUUAUUACUAUGAUCAGGUCAGAAGCGAUUAUCACGCUGAACUGUACAAGAAAGUCGACCAAGACAUCGCGGUUCAACUGUGCUGUCUGGAAAUACGGAAAUAUUUCAAAAACAUGCCGCAGAACGUGCUCGAGAAGAAAUCGAACAUCGAGUACCUGGAAAGGGAAAUCGGCAUGCAGAAAUUCGUACCCAGUAACAUUUUAGAGAAGAUGAAAAGUAAAUCGUUACGGAAAAGUAUUCAGACGCAGUUCAAGAAGUUUGCUCAUAUGUCGGAUGUAGAUAGUAUGUUUAAGUUUUUAGAAAUCCUGAAAAUCCACACGAACCACGAUCAGGAAAGGUUCAGGGUGGAUUUCGGAAGCAGCUUUACCGUGCCAGUAGAACUAGUCAUAGGUCCUGAUAUAGGUAUUUCCCACACCAACGUCCAAGCCUCCACGACCAAAAAAAUCGCCGAUUUCGAUCAAAUUCAAGCGAUCCAGACCUUGGUAAGCGAUUGCGAAGAACACACGAAAGCGACACUGCAACUGAAAGUUGCUGGAACGCAAGAAGUGCUGUUUUUCACAUGCAGCAGCUUAGAUGAAGCCGAAAGCCUCGCUGAUCUGAUCGAUGGAUACUGUAGGCUUCACUCAGGAUCGCAAACGUCCAUAUGGAACGGAAAAGAUGCGAAUCCUACCAAACAAAAAACCACCAAAGAAAAAGAUAACCACGUGAACCCUACAGGAACAAUGCUUUCGGAAGACUAUGCGGAAAUAGUUGAGGAAGGAGAUUAUUCGGUACCCGCAGUGAAAAAUUAUGAAUUAGUUAGGACCCAAAUAGAACUAGGCGAGAUCCUAGGAGAAGGUCAGUUCGGCGACGUUCACAAAGGUACAGUCAGAACGAAAGAUAACGUGCUGAUCCCAGUGGCUGUGAAGACUUGUAAGGGAGACGCCGAUCUUGCUACUACUGAGAAAUUUUUGGAAGAAGCAUAUAUAAUGCAGAAAUUUGAUCACCCGCACAUAAUCAAACUGAUCGGCGUUUGUUCAGAGUCUCCGGUUUGGAUCGUAAUGGAACUGGCUAAACUUGGAGAGCUCCGGGCGUAUCUCCAGACACACAAAAGUCGACUUGACCUAGCAAAUUUACUGCUGUACGCUUACCAGCUGUCAACGGCUCUUAGCUAUCUGGAAUCGAAGAAGUACGUGCAUAGAGACAUCGCAGCGAGGAACGUACUUGUCAGCACGGAUAAGUGCGUGAAGCUGGCCGAUUUUGGAUUGUCAAGGUGGAUGGGAGAUGACCAAAGUUACUAUAAAGCCUCAAAGGGGAAACUACCUGUAAAAUGGAUGAGUCCGGAAAGUAUUAAUUUUAGGAGAUUUACGACUGCUAGCGAUGUAUGGAUGUUCGGUGUUUGCAUUUGGGAGAUAUUGAUGUAUGGUGUGAAACCUUUCCAAGGUGUAAAAAAUAACGACGUCAUCGGUAAAAUUGAGAAUGGCGAAAGACUGGCAUUGCCGCCUAACUGUCCUCCAAGGCUGUACUCGUUGAUGUCUCAGUGUUGGUCAUACGAACCAAGCAAAAGGCCUAGUUUUAAGGAUAUCAAAGAAAUACUCCAGGAAAUUCUCUUAGAAGAAAGGAGUGCUCAACAAGAAACGUUACGUAGGGAAAGUAGGAAAAUAGCGGCGAUGUCUUGGGGUCCAAACGAUGAUUUCAUUCCUCCGACGAAACCGAGUCGACACCCGAUGCAAGCCGUGGAUCCGGACUCGUACAGCUCGUCGUACGUCGAAGAAAGCCCCGUCUCCCAGACGUACAUCAUCGCCCAAAACCCGGAAGUCCUCGCCCACCUGAUGAAGGAGAACGAGAGCAGAGGCUUCAACGCUGCCGCGUACAACGCUCCCGCAUCGGUAUUCAAUACGGUAGCUGUUAAUUUUCAGAAAAAAGAAAACGUCCCCGAUCCCGUCCUCAUCACCGAACCCAUCCCCGUGCAGAGCUUGCAAAAACUCGAUCCGGAAGUGGCGCUUGACAAAAAGGUCGCGACGUUGGAGAGGUCCGCUUCGAGGUCGAGCACCGGAAGCGGUACUCCCAGGAUGCAGUCCUUGGAGCGGAACAGAUCGAUCGAUAAUUCUAGUUCGCCUAAGAUGAAUUCGCUAGAGCGAAGCGUUGCCGGUUCGCACUCGAGCCUAGAGAAAUCGGGCGUGUUCAGUCCGAAACUGGGGUCGCUAGAACGCAAGUCGCGGAAUACCUCUCCCAAAAUGGGUUCGUUGGAAAGAGGACGCGCCACCGCUUCGGGAUUUUCUCCUAAAAUGGGCUCGCUAGACCGCAACGCGCACGUUCCUUCCCAAGCUGUCUUCUAUGAUAUCGACCAGAUCCCGAAUUUCCAUCCCCAUCCAGUUAUGUAUCAAUUCAGCGAUCCAAAAGAGGCGCAACAGUACCAGGAGAGUAUUUACGAUUUCGGCGGAGCGGACGUUAAGAGUUGCGCGCACAAACAGCAGUUUUUCGUACAAAACGCCCAGCCAAUGGUAUCGCAACAACCUAUAUACGGAGAUCAAUUAUUGUUCGAGAAUCAGAUGUACGAACAGCAAGCCUCGAACUUCAAUAAUAUGCUGAGGCAGAAAUUGAGACAGCAGCAGGUCGAAUCGGAAGAAGAUUCGAAGUGGCUGACGGAGUCUGAAACGCAGUUGAAACAACUGAGCAUCAGCCGAUCGUCAGAAAGUCAUCAUCAACCGGACUCGCUUUCCGAACCGAUGGCAAGUCCCAGUUUGGUGGUGGCGGCCUCUCAACCGAAAGGCGGUUCUGCGAGCAGUAGCAGCAGCCAUUCCCCUGCCGGAACGAUGCGAAAUUCCGUAAAGAGCGAUGAGAACAGCCUACCGAGGAGCGGAUCGAUUGAUACGGAUAGCAGCGAACGAAAGGAAACGUCUCCGAACCCGACCGCCAACCUGGACCGCUCCCACGACUGCGUUUACGAAUCGACGACGGAAGUGGUGCGCGCCGUGAUGGCCUUGAGCCAGGGAGUCCAACGAGCAGAAGCGACCCGGUAUUUGGACCUGGUGCGAGGUGUCGGCGUCGAACUGCGCCAUCUGCUGGCGAGCGUCGAUGCGAUAGUUACGGCGUUCCCGGCGACUGCGCGCAGGCAGGUCGAGAUGGCGCAUCAGGUGCUCAGCAAGGACAUGGCGGAGCUGGUGAACGCCAUGAAGUUGGCGCAGCAGUAUAAUUGCACCACGUUGGACGCGGAGUAUAGGAAGGGAAUGCUGAGCGCAGCGCACGUCCUCGCGAUGGACUCCAAAAACCUUCUGGACGUGGUGGACACGAUCCGCAUUCGACACCCCCAAAUCAACAAGCAACUAUUCAAGUCGAACGAUUCGCUUCCCGAAUCCGACCAGAACCUGGAGUCUUCCAUGGAGAAGCACGAUGCUCCGAAGAGCACGGAACACCAACAUGCGAACGAAAUCACCGAAGAAGAAACGGACGAUAUGCCGUCGAUGUCCCCGGUGCCGGUGUCGUGCACGUUCGUUCAAACACCGCUCUAUACGAAUGUCCAGUCCGCCUCCUCGUCCAACCUCAGUACAAACCUCACAACGGAUAGUUAGUCUAAUUCGAGGUUCGUUUGUUUUAGCAUAAUGGUAUUUAUUGUUGUGUAUGUUUGACGUCUGAAAGGUGCGGUACGUAUAUUUGAAGCUGGUUUCUUUUUACAGUGGGUCAGUGUGCGCCAACGCGAAUGUGCAGAAGCUGGAAACGGUAACCUGGCAUUCCAGAGUACGCGGUUUUUCUAACACAGAACUAUGACGGAUAUGUUGUAGACAGAUCGCAUUAAGAGGGUGUUGAGUCCGUAUUUUGAUGUACUGGUUCAACAACGGCGGUGAGAUAAUUCCUUAGCCUACAAAAGAAAAACGAAAAUUUUGGAAAAGUGGCGAUUCAUUUCUCAACAUAGUUUUCUUUUAGCUCGUUUUCUGGAGGUGUGCAAAGUAGGCGACAUUCGACUCAAAUUUUUGUCCUGCGAGUUACUUUUUCAGGUUUGGAAACGAAAAGAAGUCGCACGGGGCCAAAUCUGGAGACUAUGGUCAUGGUUUUUCUUCGCCAAAUAGGGCGGUUUUUCCUGCAAUUCGGCGUCGAAUCGGCCCAAUAAUUCCCUUCGAAAAACAAAAAUUGAAUCAGCAAAUUUCAGAAAUAUUGACCAAAACGGUUAUUAAUAUUUGAAGAAUCCAUAUUUGCACACUAAGGAUGAUUGUGCGGUCUUUGAAGAAAACAUACCACAUUGAUAGAAUAGGAUCGCGUGUUCUCAUUGCCCCCUGUUGUACGAGGGUUGUUUCAAAAAUAGGGUUCCCACAUUUUUUUCAGGCACAAAGAAUAUUUUAUUUGAAACAACGGAUUCACCAUCGGCGCUUCUUGUUGGGAUCGGUGGUGGGGAAGGCGACAAACUCGACGGUGUUGCCAGAUUGAGAAGAAUAUUUUUAAACGGCCUCUAAACAUUGGCGUUAGCUCAUAUUGUCCUUUUGUGAAGAUAAGACAUAAGCAGCUACAAAUUUUAACUGGUUCGUUGAAAAGAAACCUUAUAUCUAAUAUACAUUAUAUUGCUACAUGCAUUUGGUAAUACAAGUAAAACAACAUAGACAAUUGAGUUCAUUUUUCUGAACUUCGCAAGUAGUUAGCUGAUUGAAUAGUUUUCGUGCAUGGAAUCAAAAUCAUAUUUAACCCAAAUUAUCGGAGUUUUUGUUUACAAAUUUUACAAAUGACCGCAUAACUUGACCAUGGUCCAAAAAGUCUUUUUUCAGAAGUGUGAUAAAACUUUGACAAUUAAUUAAAAAUCAAUACGGCGGUUUUAAUUUUUUUCCCCUGCCAUGGAUUAAGCAAAUAGAAAUACAACUUUUUUGUCUCUUGAAUUUUUUUCGUAUCUUGCUUAGUUUUCGAGAAAAAAAAAGUCCACUUAAUUGUAUAUCCCUAGACCACACAAGGAAUAUGGGGGAAAGUUUCUUUUGGAAAUUAUUUUUUGAUAAUUUUCUGUUAAUGUUAUUUAGUAUUUGUUGUAUAUGUAACAACAUAAUUAGAAAUAAAAUAUUAAAAAAUAAUUUCCAAAAGAAAUGUUUUCCCAUAUUCCUUGUGUGGUCCGGGGAAAUCCAAUUAAGCGGACUUUUUUCUAGAAAACUACACGAUACGAAAAAAAAUCAAGAGACCAAAAAGUUGUAUUUCUAUUUGCUUAAUCCAAGGAACAUAAUAAAAAUCGCACAAAGUCGGUGGCGUACUUUUUUUUGUCGCAAAUAUUCGUUCAGAUCCCGCCCGAGACGCCACUGGACUUAAUAAAGUUAAUCAAUGAAAACAAAAUAAGACAUUUACGAGAAACCAUCUUUUUUUUAAAUUUUAACACCCUGUAUCUUGAGAAUGAAGAAUUUUCGGACCUUUGUUUAUAUGAACUUUUUGACUUAAAAUUUCUCAAAGAAUCGUCUGUUAAAUUCAUGUAUGGCAUUUAGCUUGAAAUAUGUUUUGACUUGAAUACUGGAUUCCGGUGUUGCGUGCAUGUUUUAUAGGUAAAUUGCAUAUAAGAUGAAUGAAAAUUUACCGAAUGGCGCUUGGUCAAGUUAUACACAUAUGAGUUGUUCUUUUUGCUAUUCGAUUAAAAAUAAGUUGAUUUUUUUUACUGUUUAUUGCAAAACAUUGAUUUAAUUUUAUACACAACAUAAUUAUGGUAAAAACACAGUUUCGUAAAAUAUCGCCUUUGACUAUUUUUUGUUAGUUAUCCUUAAUGCAGAUUUAAACUAGUCAUCAGUUUGAAACCCAGAUCGGACACGCAUUUAUUUUUAGUCGAUUAUUUAUAUUGCUGCCCAUAGUAGAAGAUGUACCAAAAAUUAUAGGCAAAAUAGUAUUGAUUCAUCAUUUGCAGUUUCAUCAUAGCAUAUCAGUAAGAAAUAAACUAGGAAAUAAAUUUUAUUCUUAUUUUCAGUAACGAAAACAGUUUAUGUGAAGAUUAACAUUUAUUACACACACACAUUUGUUUUUUUUUUUGACGACGAACCUUGUUGUUGGCGACACCGUUUUUAAGGUGAAGAUAAGAGUAGUUAAUACAUACAGUAGCGGUCAAAAGUUUGGAAACAUUCUUCGUAAUUUUUAAAAGUGCGCUAAUUUUUUAUUCUUUAUUAUAAAGGACUAUUUUUUUUCUCAUAUAGCUUGCUUACAGUCUUGAGGAUACAAAUGACAAUUUGUGUUGGCUGUGGUACUACAGACUAGCAUCAAAACACCUUCAUGUUAAGACCAAAAAUGAGACGGCAAAAGUAUGGAAACAUAUUUUUUAUUACAAAAUUAAAUACAAUAACUCUACAUAAGGAUUUAAAAAAUACUGUCAAGCUAAUAUUUGGUAGCAUUGAUUUUAGCAUUCAACACUGCCUGACUGUUGCUUAUAGAAGACACCAAUUUUUUACAGACGUCUGUUGAGAUAUUUUGCCUAAUAUUUUUUACAUAAUCAAAUAAAUCGUUCCCAUCUUUAAAAGUUUUUCUUGUCAGUUGUCUUUUAACAUGCUUCCAGAUACAUUCUAUAGGGUUUAGGUCCGGGGAUUGCGGAGGCCAUGUAAGAACAUUAACGAAUUUUGAGGUAUGCUUGGCGUCAUUAUCUUGCCGAAAUGUCCAUCCUAAAGGCAUUUUCUCUUCAGCAAAAGGGAGCAUGUGAUCACUAUGAAUAUUUUUGUAAAGUUUUUAAUCCAUUUUCCCAACAAUUUUAACAAUUGGACCCGUUGCAGAACUAGAAAAACAACCAUGAUGUUGCCUUCACCAUGCUUGACUUCUUUCGAAUCUUUGUCGUAUUGGACAAACGUUUAAUGUAGCGAUCCAAAACAUAAUCUUUUUUUUCGGUCCUUCGCACCUGGGGCGCGUUGCUGCAGAUCCGUAUUCUUGAUAUUUACGAAUAACACUGGACAACAAAUUUUAGUUUUUUAAUUAUAUCUUGUGGAAAAAGUGCACUUCUUUGUUAAUUUUGGGGCGCUGAAUCCAAAAAUGACAAUGAAAUAAAAAACUUAAUUGCGGUUUAGAAAAAAACUUUUUAUUUUUAAGGAUAUAUUAAAAAAGUAACAAGAUUCAUAUACUUAUAAGAAUCACUAUAUGCGCUGUCUUUUUGCUGUUCUUUUAUGGAUCGUUUCUGGAGCAUCUUUACCAAGAGUCCAACAGUAGUCUGCAAGCAUGGAAGGAUUCCACUUUCCCUGGUACCUUUUUUCCAUUGUUGAAAUAUCCUGAUGAAAACGUUCGCCGUGCUCAUCACUUACGGCUCCGCAAUUGUCAGGAAAAAAGUCCAGGUGUGAGUGUAGGAAAUGUAUCUUAAGAGACAUAUCACAGCCCAUCUUUUGAUACGAUGACAGCAUAUUUUUGACAAGGGUUUUACAGUUGUCAGCUUUUCUAUUUCCCAAGAAAUUAGUGACCACCAGACGGAAAUCAUUCCAAGCAGUUUUUUCAAUACCUGUUAAAGUGUUUUCAAACUGUGUAUCUUUCAAAAUAUUUCGAAUCUGUGGCCCAACAAAAAUUCCUUCUUUAACCUUUGCCUCACUUAGUCUUGGAAAUUUCUGACGCAGGUAUUGAAAAGCUGACCCAUCUCUAUCUAAUGCCUUGACAAAGUUUUUCAUUAGGCCCAACUUGAUAUGCAGUGGUGGUAAUAAAUUUUUUUUCGAAUCUACUAAUGGCAUAUGCUGACCUGGCUCUAGGAAUUGACGAACAGUCCAGUUUUGUCUGGUGUAAUGAACUGCCUUUGCCCGACUGUCUCAUUCACACAAAAAACAACGAAACUUUGUGUAGCUUAGCUGCAGCCCAAGUAAAAGUGCAACAACUUUCAAAUCGCCACAAAUAUGCCAUUGGUGCUCAUCGUAUUUUAUGCAUGUCAAUAGGUACUUCAUAUUUUCAUAUGAUUCUUUCAUGUGAACUGCAUACCCUACAGGAAGAGAUGGUAAAAUAUUUCCAAUAUGCAAUAACACUGCCUUUAAACUCAUGUUGAACUGUCUAUAAACAAUCUCCAUUCUUCUGGGAUAUAGUUUAUAUUUAAAGCCGCCAGUAAGCCGUUAAUGUUACUGCAGAAAACCAAGUUAUUCUCCAUAUUGAAAAAUGGUUCUAAGUCUUUGUGGCGUUUACGAAAAACACAUACCGAAACAUCGUCUUCUAACAAGUUCCACUGCUGCAGUCUUGAUCCAAGUAACUCUGCCUUACAUUUUGGAAGUUCUAAAUCUCUUACAAGAUCAUUUAAUUCUGACUGUGUGUUAUUUUGUGCGGUUGGUGGCAUGACGUGCUCGGUAUAAAAUCAGGAUCUCUUGACGUUGAUGGCAUAUCUUCUUCCUGACGAAUCACUCGAUCGCCAUGAUCUGAUUCGCAAGUGUAGGAUUCUGGGGGUUUUGGAAUAGGAUUUUCGUCACUGUGAGGCACAGGUCUCAUCGCAGAUGGUAUGUUUGGGUAGUUAAUAACCGAUUUUUUUUUCUUGGACAUACCUGUGGCUUGUCCAACACAAGGUACCAUGCAAAAGUAACAAUCAUUAAUAUGAUUUGUAGGCUCUCUCCAAACCAUUGGGACAGCAAAGCGCAUAGACCGUUUUUUGCCAUUUAACCAGCUCCUCAGACUUGAAGCACAUGUAUUACAGCAGAUGUGGGGUGCCCACUGUUUGUCUUGAUCACCUAGUUUACAACCGAAAUAAAGCUGAUAUGCAUUUGUUAUUAGUGGAGUAAUAGACCGUCUCUGAGACGCAAAAGUCACAUCACCACACACGUAACAAAACUGAUCUGGAUUGUUUACACACUUUCGAGACAUCUUGCAUGAACGCUGUCAGCCAACUGAGGAAAAAAUGGCUAAUAGAAAACAAUAUAAUGUACACGUAUGUAUAACGUAACACAAUCAUGCCGAUUACAUCAUCUUUCCUUGCCGAAUAUAAAAAUGUAGCACGUGCAUUCUUGUGAAUUACAGUAUAUUAACACUGUCACAGCAGGGACACAUAUAAUUACCGUAUCUCUAAAACUUGGACUAAUAUUGAAAAAACAAGUUUCAUUCCGGUUUUAGCACAUUAAAAAUAGUAAUAUUUUGUUGAUUUUAUUCAGGAUAUUUUUUGGCUGUUGAUCAGUGUAAUUUUCGAAAUCGUCCAUUAGUUCAUUUUUAAUCUUCGAGAAAUGUCAACACUUCAGACUAAAUAAUUCAAUUACGUUUUCUCUGAAAUCUUUUGAAAAUUCUAUUACUUUUGUCAUUCAUACGGCAAAAUUGAAAUGUUUCCAUACUUGUCGUCACAAAAACUGUGGUAUUUAAAAAAUGCGUGUUUUUAUUUUCAGAAGAAUUUGAAUAUUGAUAAGAUAAACCUUGUAUUCGUUCAGGAGCCAAAGGUAGACUUUAAUAUUGAUAUUAUCUGUUCCUUUACAAUUUUAAUUUAGGUAUAUGAAAUAGUUCAUAAUAAUGUUAGUAUUUGCUUCCGAACUUUUGUCCGCUACUAUAAAUUAACUACCGUUUGAGGAUAGACCUGACCUUGAGAAAUGCUUUGAUUUCCAGUUAUUAGUUAUCCUGCGAUUGAAAAACCGAAACUCUGUAUAUCUAGUGAAAGUAUGGAUCUUUCGUUAGUCAUAUUACAAAUAAAGUGAUAAAAAUAAUAUCUAGCAAACAUGAUAAUUUAGAUGUUCACUGUUGUUUUUUAUUUACAGAAUUAUACAAAUAUCAACAUUUUUAUCUCGCUGUCAUUCGUUGAAUAAUUAUAAUUCAAAGUAGUACUGUUCUGGAUAAGUGUAAACUAUUCAAAUACUAUUCCUUUUUUUUGACCUGCUUUGUAUAUUUUAUCUGUAUGAAUUGUGAUAUAUGAAUGUAAAGAUUUGACGGUAAG